AUGGCGGAGGAUAGCCAACAGAGGAAAGACAGUCUUCUUCAACCUGGUCCAUCCAGACCUCACCCAGAUGCAGGACCCACUGUGAGAACAUCCACCCAGCCCUCCAUCGCCUCUCUUACUCUUCCUUCCAAAGAGGCAUUGUCAGCAUUGUACCAACAGCGACAGAAAGUUGAGCUGCGGAGGCUCCUGAAGCACACCCACCCGGAGCUGAGGAACCUGGAAAGCCUGGAUUGGGUGGUGGAUCAGGAGCUGGCUGAGGUGCUGCAUUUAGAAACCCAGCUGAUCGCUGGCGAGACCGGAUACGAGGGAGAGGUCCUGUCCAGGCGGUGGAUAUUUGAGAACAGUGUACAGAGCAAUACUGUGGAUCCCCACACUUCUAAAAUGCACAUGGCGGAGGGGGCCGGGGUUGGAGUUGCGGUUGGGGUUGGGGUUGGGGCUGGAGUUGGGGCUGGGGUUUGGGGAGACGUGAAGAGAACAUCAGCCUUGUUUGAGAAACCAUGGUAUAACCAGAACCUUCAGGAGGAGAGGGUUAAAGGAACCACGGACCAGGUGGAGAGGACUGAUGCUGCUCAUGGGGAACUUACUGAGUGUGAGGAGGAAUUGGUUAGGAUGGAAGUCCAGUCUGCUAGGAGGAUGUUUGAGAGCCAGCAGGUCGACACCCUGAGGGCCAGCCAGGAGGACGUGGCCCUAAACAAGGUUUUCGUGUCAGAGGACGAGAGGGGAGCUGUUCAGAAGAGAAAACAAGCAUUUGAGGCAAGAAGCAGUAAGACAGUUCAGCGAGAGAUCAAAAGCCACAUUUGUUUUAAAAAUCUUGAUGUGAGUUCUCAGUCUGAGGGAGAAGCUCUGGGUGUCGGUGUUAAUAGUGCUGAGCCUGAGGUCGGCAAAGUCCAGCCACAGCAUGAAGGGGUCUCCACAGUCAAACAGGUCUUUGAGAGAAAGUCACAGUGUGCUUCAAACGCAGAUGUUGACGUUGAAACUAGUCCAAGAAGUCCAAAGUAUCAGUGUACUUCUCUACUUGAAAACAGAGCAAUAAACAAAACUGGAAAACCAUCACAUCUGCAGGAACCAAAGCCCCAAAACACCAGUUCACUCCCAGGCAACCUAGAUCCAGACAGAAGGGACCAGGAGGACGUGUUAGCGUUAGCGGCUAAUGUCAGGAACAGAGCUCAGCUGUUUGAGUCCACUCUGUUUGACUUGAUCAACCACCAGAACAGAGAGGAGAUGGAGACGGUGGCAGAGAGCAUCAACGAGAUACUGAACACUCUCUGUCACUUCAAUGCCAUCCACUCCCACGGAUCCAUCAUCAAGGCUAGCGAGACAGGAAGUGGUCAGAAGGCUAGGUACAGGCUGACCCCCGGUCUGAGACCAGAGAUAGAACAGGAAAAUGUGGCUGAGGGCGGGGUUAGGAACUUUAUACUCCAGCUGUUACCCCGGGCAACCCUUAAGCCUCAGGUAGUUUAUCUGAAGGAGGAUGCGAAGGGGAACGUGGAGGUUACCGUGGUGAUAGUACCUUUCCAUCAGGUAUGUCUGGCUUCAAACCAAGACAAAGAGUUCAGAACAGCUAACGUUGUCCAGCUCAUCGAGGACAUCCUCAGCCAGGACAGCUCUCUGAGGAAAGGAGUAGUUAUACAGGAGGAUGGUCAGGGACGGGCUGAGGUCACCGUUUACUCCUUGUACAACCAUUCUGAAGGAGAGGUGGAGAGGUACUAUCCCCCGCAGGAACAGAGGAUGGAGACGAACGUCCUAGACAUUGCUGCAGGUGACAAGAUUAAAACAGAGACUGGUGAAGUAAGGAGAGGCGAUGUGAAGUCAACCAUCAGCUCUCUCUUGGCCACCAGUCAGGACCACUCAGCCCCAGCCUCUUACAAACCUGAGGUCAAUGUCAUGGGGAAUGUCAAGUUAUUCAGGAGCUGCAUUGAAAAGGGAGAUCUGGAGUAUCUGAAAACCCUGCAGGGCCAGCCAGAGGAGGAGAAGGAACUCCCAAACCAGACUGACACUGUGACGGGUGUCUCCACGGAGCCAAAGACACAUCAUCAACAACAACAACCAGAGGAUCAGGUGGAACCGAAUGAUCCAGAUAUAGUCCCAGUGGAUGUGAAGAAACUGAAGAACAUCUUCUUAGCCCACCAGAGCUGUGGCCAACAGAAAGAGACUAAGGCAGAGAAGACCUCUAAGGAGAAGACCUCUAAAACAAUAGUCCAGGUCCAGCACACCUCUGUGGAGAAGAAAGAGACGUGCUCUGAUUCUGCUAUAAAGACCUCCACAUCCCACUCAUCCACAGAGCAGCAACAGGAGGAGGAGGGAAGGUAG